ACCCUUGACCACCAAAGACUGCCUCUUCCUGAAAUCCCCCGUUCAUAUAAAUACAGGAAGUAGAAAUAAGAGAGGCUAAAAUCGGAUCUUCUUGGUAGUUUGCUUUCAUUUCAGUGCUUGUUUAGUCUUCUGCCCUCCGAUACUACUGAGCCUGAAGCUGUCUUUAAACAUCUUCCCCCUCACGCCCUUGAAAUACCAUCUUCAAUACAAAACCUGAGGAUGUGGAAGUUCUGCUCAGCAAUGGGAAGGAAUUGCUUUUCUGACCGAGGAACUCUCAAGCCACUGUGAUACAGAAAGUGACUUAAAGUUUGCUGUAAUGAUGAAAACAUCAGCAGGAGAGAAGGGAGCCAGGGAUGACUCAGGCCCUGUCAGAGAUCCCAGUGAAGAGGAGGAGACACAUCUCUGUCAGGCCAUUGCUGUGCGAAAUUGCCUCCAGCUUCCCGGGAUCAGCAUCCUUGACAAGCUCAUCAAGACGUGUCCUGUCUGGCUUCAGCUGAACAUGAGCCAGGAAAGGGCUGGGGCGAUCCUUGGCAAGGAAACAGCAGGGAUAUUCUUAGUUAGGAAAGAGGGUAAUGUGAACAACAUGGUCCUUGCAGUCCGCCUGCCAGUGCAGAAUGAGGCUCCUGAUGUGCUGGAGUACAACAUUAAAGAAGAAAAAUCAAUCCUGUACCUGGAAGGAUCUGUCCUUGUAUUUGAGGAUGUUUUCAAACUGGUUGCGUUCUACUGUGUCAGCAGGGAUUUGCUGCCCUUUACCCUGAAGCUGCCACAAGCAAUAUUAGAUGCCAGUAGCUUUCAAGACCUUGAAAUUAUCUCUAGUCUGGGGAUAGAUUUCUGGGAUUCCUAUUUAAACCACAGAAGACAGGACUUAUUCCACACUGCAAAAGACUCUGCUUUCAGUACUGCCCAAGCAGACAGUUCAAGAUCUACCCAGUGUUUUGCAAGUAGCACAAACCACUGCUCAUGUGAAAUUGAGCUGUCAAUAGGAAGUGACAGGCUGUGGUUCGUGAACCCUAUUUUUAUAGAAGAGUGCAGUAGUCCUUGUCCUCCAGAUGUACCUUCUCCUAAAGGCCACUCUGGGAGCAUUGAUCUCCCCCCUUCCACCAUGCUUACUGAAAGGAGAUCUCCUCGACGGCCUCCUCCCCCUCCACCUUCUCAUGCCCUCAUUCAGAAAUCUUCCCUGAAGCUCCCACAGGACCCCACGACUGCCUGUGAAAAAAACAAGCUACUUAUUAAGCCACUAGGAAAGAGCAUGGAGGAAAUUAAAAUUGAGGGCGGUGAUGAUAAAGAAGAAAGGAAGCAGAGCUGCUUGGCCAAUGAGCCCUUGGCAGUGAGCCCCAAGAAGGGCUCCCAGCCCUCUGCUCCCCCACGGAGGCGGCUGAGUGAGAAGACCUCAGAGGAGAGCUGUGUGGGUAAUCGUGAAAGUUGUGAAACGCUGAAAGGGGAAGGGGCAGAAGAAAACCAAGAUACAAGUGAAGAGAGCAGAGAUAAAACAUUGCUGUGCAAAAAGGCUGCAGAAAUGCCUGGGGAGGUUCCCAAAAGGGCUGUAUCACAGUUUCAGAAGACAAGGCCUGAACCUGCAGAGAAGAAGGAGGACAUGCCUAAGAUAGAAAGCUAUACCAGUGAGAAAGGAAAGUCACCUCCUAUCCCACCACCGAGAAGGAAGAGGGUUUCCCAGGUACCGAGGAUCCCCAGCUCCUGCCAGCCAAAGCAAAGAACAGAGACAGCCGUGGCCACCGGGCAGGCUGUGUGCAAGAACAGCCCAGCUACAGCGACAAGUGGUUUCACAUGCACACACACCAAGACUGAAGCGAGACAUGGCCACAAAUCUGUCAGUUCAACUGAACUGGAAGGUUCCCACUUGUCCCUGGAGGACCCGGGAGGCAGCACCAUGGCUCAGGCAUCAACAUCUGAGCCAGACUCCUACUCCACCAGCAGCACAGAGGAUGACCUGGAGAUACUGAGUAGCUCAUCUGGUAAAAAGACACGGUCUGUGAUCUUGGCCAAAGCCAAAAACAGGCUGUCCUUGGUGAACCUGUCCAACGUCUUCACAGUCUUUUUGUCUAGUGACAGGAAGCUGCAGAAGAAGAUAGUGGAGCUGGCACAGGACAAGGAUUCAUACUUUGGCAACCUGGUGCGGGACUAUAGAGUGUACAGUUUAGAGAUGAUGGCAAAGCAGAGUUCCAGCACAGAGAUGCUACAAGAGAUCCGGCUGAUGAUGACACAGCUGAAGAGUUACUUAGUGCAGAGCACUGAGUUGAAAUCUCUGAUAGACCCAGCCUCCUACACCGACGAACAAUUAGAAGUGAUUGCUGAGACAGCUUUGUACAAAUGUGUCCUGAAACCUUUAAAGGAAGCCAUUAAUUCGUCCUUAAAAGAAAUACACAACAAAGACGGAUCUUUACAGCAGCUGAAAGAGAACCAACUUGUGAUACAAAACACAACUACCACUGACCUGGGCAUCACAACCAGUGUGCCUGAAACUGCUGUGCUGGAAAAGAUCCUUCACAAGUUCACGACCAUGCACAAGACUUACUCUCCAGAAAAGAAAAUUGCCAUCUUGCUAAAGACCUGCAAACUCAUCUAUGACUCCAUGGCUCAGGGAAAUCCAGGUACAGGACUCUUACUGCAAAUGUUAUCCACUGUGGGUCUUUCUCCAUGUAUCAAAGGAACAGUUUAUGAUACUGCUGGCAUGGCAAUAUUCUCAUUGGAGGUAGCAGUGAUGGUUGAUGUGUCUGGUAUCAGAUGUCUGCAGGUUGUGUUCAGAAUGGAAUGGUUAGUGACAUUUUCUGCACUAAUAACUGGUAUACGAUAUUACCUGGUUAACUUUAAGCUCCGUAACUCCAAAAACUGUCAGUCUGUGUUUGGCCAGGAUGUACCUUGGUACCAAGAGGUACCAAGUUUCCUUUAAAACUAAGGACAGGCUUACUCAGGAACAUCUGUACCUGUGGUGGUGCCCAUCUUUGUCCUCCUGAAAGAGUCAUGAAACUUUAAAGUCUGCCUUGACUGACUCCAUGUCAAGGCAUUUUAAGAAAGGAGGAGAUCUUUGGUUUGAUUACAAUUCACAUUACAUGACAAAAUCUGCCUAAUAAAUUGGCUGUGGUUGAAAUCCCUGAUACUGAAUACUAAGAACUGAAUGGUUCAGAUCCUGAACUGGUUUAAACUAGCAUUUCUUCCUCAAGCUGAAGGCAAUCAGCUUGUGUAAGUGAUUGAUCACAAAGAAUUAGGAAGGCAAGUUCACUUGUAUAACAAGUCUUUGAUUUACAGCUUUCUCUCGAGAGACCACUGAGUACAGCUCCAUGACAGAGUUGAAGUAGAACUAAUCUCUGGCUGCAUCUCUCUGUAGGUGGCCACAAAGGGGUAUCAUGCCCAGCUUCCCAGCACACACAUUGUGCAGGCAGUCCAUGGAGUCCUGAUGAUUCAUCUGGCUACAUAUAGGUUUCUGCUUUAGAGCAAGAUGACUCAAGGCAAACUCCAGUGACAAUACUGAUUAAUUCAUUACUGGCUAUAAAAGAAAUUAAGGGGCCUGGGCUCAGAUGCUCAUAUGUACUAUGUAGGCAGUGAUAUUAGUAAGUGAAUCCUCACCAAAGGCACAAUUAUGAUAGUAUUGAGAUGUCUCCCUGAGCUUUUCCAAUUCCUAUGCAAACUUAAAUAACUCAAACAUAUGCCUCCAAGAAUAUAACCGACAAUCUGAAAAUAUGUAACCUGCCUGCUAAAAAUACUAGGAAUAGUAAGAAUAAAAUGCAUUGGAAAAAAAUAGAGUUUGGAAACCCAUGCCCCACAAAAUGGCUGGCAUUUUUUUGUUACUAAAAAAAUUAAGAGACAGGGAUCAUGCAGUUCUUACACUUGGAAGGCAUGCUGCAAUAUGCACAGGGACAGCUGGGCACAUAGGUCAUUUAUGUAGAAACACAGUAAUGUUAUAUAGAAAAAAACCCUUAUUAUGUGUCUUUCAGAAAUACCCUUCCUCAGACAAAAGAUUAAACGUACAUUGUGUGAUAUGAGUAGAAUGAGAAUCUCUGCUUUUCUUCAAGAACACAAGUGACGCCUGUAGAGUAAAAAACUAUGGAACUCUGCAAUACGUGUGGCGUGAACAGGCAGUGGUGUGCCUGGGUCACCCAGCCUCGUGCUGCCUGGGAGCUGCCACUGUGGAAGAUGAUGGAAAAACAAAGCAGCAGUAGGCAUUGGUUUAUGGAAACAGUCUGUGAGGCAAACAGGCCAAAUUUGGUCAGUCCGUGAGUGAGGAAAAUAAAGGAUGGAAAAGCUCUAAGUUUUGGCUGGAAGUUUGAAAGAUGGGCAGAUUGCUUUCAAAGGAGAUUCAAGAAGAAUGGAGGUACAAUUUUCUUACUGCAACAUUUCUAACUUGUGAACUACCAAAAAUUAUGAAGCUUCAUUUUUGGACUAUCUUUGAACUGCAUAGGCAGCUGAGUAUAUAAUUCAAAACUCUAGUUCGUACUAGUUAUGGAAUUGGUUAGGUGACCAAAGCAUCUGAUAUAAUAAUUUCUAUUGCAUAAUUUUACAUAGAUAAUGUGCAUAGUCUGCUUUUGGAAAAAGCGGAUAGAUAAGACAUAUAUUCCAUUGGAAUAUUUCUCUUCCUUAGCUUUUAGAAUGAAGUUUGUCACCCCUACAGAACUGAGCAGCCAGAUAUUAGCUUCCCUGAUGCACUCCUAUAAGGAUCUGCAGUUGGUGAAGAGAAAGCUGUGUUUUCAGUGGGAUAGCUGAACUUGUGCAAAGGAAACUGGACUCCAAUACUUCAGCAGCCAGUGAAGAGCCCAUUCUAGAAGCUCCUAAAGCUGUCAGAGCAAUCCCAUUACACUGCUUAUUAUCAUAUCUCACUUCUGAGAAGGAAAAUAAGGCUAUACAUAACAGGUUUACUUUGAUACCUUUUGGAAGAGGAUAUUUGUAUUUAAGUUACUUUUAAUGAAGACUGAUGGACUGAUUUUGGGUUUUCUGCCAUCUAGCACAUUUUCUACAUUUGAAUCAAAGAGAGUUCAAAUUUUUCAUGGGGAGCAAAAUUCCUCUGAUCUCUAAACCAUACAUUUUUGAAGUGAAUUCAUGCUGUCUGCAGCUAUUAACUCACUGAAUUCACUAUAUCACAAAUUAAACCUUGCUGAAAGUAUUAUGGGAUAGACAAGAGACAGCAAAAUGCUAGUGUGUGGAAGGAAAGUCGUAAUCUUUUCUUAUGAUCUUGAACAAAUCCCAGUUAACCUUUCUGCAUCUCAGGUUUCCUAGCUACAAACUGAGGCUAAAAUUCACAUUUUGUGGAGAUCUGCUUCUAGACAUCAAGCUAGUGUUCAUAAAAUAUUAGGUGCAGGGCAUCACCUCUGCUGGUUUUCAGAAUACACACAGACAGAAAAGAAAUGCAUGAAUGUGUUAAAAUAGGCUGUAAUUUCUUUAUGGAGGCUUGGGCAGAAUUCCAGUUGCUUUAAAUCAUGCAUUUAAUUAAUACUCAUCUAUUCAAGUGCUGCAUGCCAGCCAGGAGAUGACGUUGUAUUUGCUUUGCUAUAAACAUAAUAGGAUGAGUUUGUGGCAGAAGAGAAGGCUUAUUUUAAGCUUCUUAGAGAUAUUUAUGAAAUAAAUGUUUCCUGACCCCACAGGGAAGAAGGGGAAAUAAAGCAAGCAAGUCAUAUUUGGAGUAGGACACCACCACCUUGAAUAGGCAAACUCAGUCUCACUGUCACUGGAGCAGUGGCAGGGUCAGAUCUAGAUUUAACUCUGUCAGCUGCAAUAAUUCCCCUCUGUGAGAGACCACAGAUGGAGCAAGCCACACAGGUCUAGGAAUUUGGCUUGGUCCCAGCUUGAAAGUAGAGCUGAGGAGGCAGCAGCCUGCAGAGAAUACUCCUGCUGCAGCUCCCAGAUGGACACUGGCUAGUGCCUUGGUGCCUUUCAUGGCAUAGGAAGCAUGUGGGUUCUACAGUCCUGAAGCAACCUUUCAAGUCUCUUGGUUCACAGGCAUUACUUCAUCUAUCCUUGUAGAUUCCUGCUUCUGGUCAUGUUUGAGUUACUGACAGCACCUAUUACCCCCAGGGAUGGACUGAGAUACAGAGCACCUCAGGGCCAUACUUGGACUGAUGUCAGAGGUAAUCCCUGGACCUGCAGGGGCCAGGAGAGCAGGGGAGAAUCCGAGUCCUGCCCUCUCAGGCACUUCUCCUUGGCUCCAGGUGCAGUCAGUGGAGAGAUGCUAUUGAGAUGCCUACAAGGUACAAUAUACUAUUGUAUAUGGUCUGACCUGCCCUUGGCCACAUUGGAGGUUUGUGGCAACACGUGGAGUCAGAGCUAUAUCACUGGUGAUUAGUUUUGCUUUUCCCUUGUUGACACAUACUGCU